CCGCAGCCGGCGCCGCCUCACAGCUGCAUCCUGUAGCUCACUGACACAGGAGUGUGCUGCUCAAAGGUGAUUUUACUCCACUCACCUUCCUCAGGAAAAUGUUUUCUGUCAUGUAAGACGCUUUAACUUAAACACGACGUAGAAUUUUAUGAAUAGAAGUAAAAAAAAUAAUAAUGUGAAAUAAUUUAUUAGAUGUUUUAACGUCAAAGUGAAACAUGGUGCCAUUAAAGAGAAGAAAAGUCGUCCCAUCACCUACUGGGAGUACUGGGACUGACUGCAGCAGUGGAGAUAAUGUGAAGUUUCCUCAGUUCAUUUUAUUCCUGUUGGAAAGAAAAAUGGGAGCCAGUCGAAGAAGGUUUCUGUCUCAGCUCGGCACAAAGAAAGGAUUUCAGGUGGAGGAAAAGUUCAGUGAGAGUGUCACACAUGUCAUAUCUGAGAGUAACUCGGCUGCUGAGGUCAGGACCUGGCUCGACUCACAGGCCGGAGCUCACACACCUUCAGUUCACCUGCUGGACAUCAGCUGGUUCACAGAGAGCAUGAGAGCGGGACGUCCUGUUCAGAUACUCCACGGGCAUAAACUUCAGGAGCAGCAGACGUGUGAAGCUGAGGUGUUGCUGUUCUCCGUCCCGAGCUACGCCUGUCAGCGGAGAACCACUCUGCAGAACCAGAACGCCGUCCUCACCGACGCUCUGUCUCUCCUGGCUGAAAACGCCGAGCUCAGCGACGAGGAGGGACGAGGCGUGGCGUUCCGCCGGGCCGCCGCCGUGCUGAAGUCUCUCCCCGAGCCGGUGACGAGCAUGACUCAGCUCAGAGGGCUUCCCGGUCUGGGAGAUCACUCGCUCAGAGUCAUUAAAGACGUUUUGGAGAAUGGAGCUUCAAGCGAGGUUGAAUCUACAAAGCGGUCUGAGCGGUAUAAAGCGCUGAAGGUUCUAACUGGUAUUUUUGGAGUCGGGUCAAAAACGGCGGACCGAUGGAUCAGAGAUGGGAUACACGACCUCCGACAGUUAGGAGAUUCAGCGCACACACUCAAUCGAGCGCAGCAAGCAGGUCUGGAGCACUACGACGACCUGAACCAGCCGGUCACUAAAGCAGAAGCCGACGCCAUCGGAGAGAUCGUGGAGGCAGCUGUUGUGUCUGUGUUACCUGGAGCUCGGAUGACUCUGAUUGGAGGAUUCAGGAGGGGAAAGCAGACUGGCCACGAUGUAGACUUCCUGAUCACUCACCCAGAGGAGGGCAGAGAGGUGGGACUGAUGCCUAAAGUGGUCUCCCGUUUGGAAGCACAGGGAUUCCUGUUGUACCAGAAAACCACCAGGAACUCCUACCUGGAGUCUAAGGACGGUCCCGGUCGGCCUUCGUCCAACAUGGACCGCUUCGAGAGGUGUUUCUCGAUCUUUAAACUCACCGAGGAGGAGAGAGGAGGAAUGAAACGGGCGGAUACAGAGAGGGAAAGUGAUGCACAUUCACACACUUCACAUCAGAUCCACACCAGAGGACGCGGCCUCGAGGCAGCUGAUGAAGAUGAAGGUGUAGCGGAGGAGCGCUCAAAACCUGCAGGACGCAAGCGGUGGCGAGCUGUGAGAGUGGACCUGGUCGUCUCGCCGAUCAGUCAGUUUGCGUUCGCUCUGCUGGGCUGGACCGGAUCCAAAUUGUUUGAGAGAGAGCUGCGACGGUGGGCGGGGCACGAGAAGUCCAUGUCCCUGAGCAGCCACGCUCUUUAUGACAGCAAACAGAGUCGGUAUCUGAGAGCGACGUCUGAGGAGGAGAUCUUCUCUCAUCUUGGUCUGGAGUUCAUUCCUCCAUCUGAGAGAAACGCCUGAGUCUACCUGAGGAGGGACGAGAACACCUGGAACCACCGGGAGGUAAAAGGGAGGCUAACGUAGCUCACCUGGCUGAGAGGCAGACCUGCUUUUAAACACUUCAAGGGUGACGGCACUGAUGACGGUGGUCCAAAGGGGCAUCACGGCUUUUUAACCACAUGUUUGAACCUUUGAAACAGAGACUUUUGGAAACGCCGUUUUAACCGUCUUUUAAUGUGACAGUGCCCCGAGGUUCUACUUUAAAUCUUCAGUCAGAAACAAAAAGAAAACAAUGCUCGCUAAAAAAUGUUUUAAUUGCGUUUUUAAAAAAAGCUCUUCAUUCUAAAAGUGCCUUUUUUAAUCAAGACCGCACGUCUCUUUUAUUUUUAAAAUGUAUUUAUGGCUGUAUCUGACUAAAAUGACUCAAAUAACCUCAAAGUCAGUAAAGUAGCCGUCAUGUUCUCUGUGUUGUUCUCUGAUGUGCAGACUCUUGUAAACUGAACACGAUUAAUAAUAACAUAAAAUCAAUCAUGCUUAAGAUAGAUAGAUAGAUAGAUAGAUAGAUAGAUAGAUAGAUACUUUAUUGAUGCAGAGGGCAAAGCAUCC